GACGCGGAAAUGUGAUUUCGAGUACUGCUCACUGCUCCCCUCGUUUGGUAACUUAUGGUAAGCUUAAAUUGAUUAUGGCAGACGGCACAAGAGAGGAGAAACUGAAACGCAUAAAUGAAUCGAUACGUUCAUUUCCAGACUUUCCAAUCAAGGGCAUAUUAUUCAGAGACAUUUGCCCAAUACUUAAAGACCCGAAUUCCCUUACUGCUGUGAUUGACCUGUUCGAGGAACAUGUCCGACAAAAUCAUCAAGAUGUAGACCUUAUCGUGGGGUUGGACGCACGUGGGUUCCUCUUUGGGCCGCUGCUGGCGCAAAGGUUAGGGAUAGGCUUUGCUCUCGUCCGAAAGCGAGGCAAGCUGCCAGGGCCUACGGUCUCGGUGUCUUACGAUCUAGAAUAUGGAAAGGCUGAGGUUGAAAUUCAGGAAGAUGCUGUAGCUCCAGGUCAGAAGAUUCUAGUUAUCGAUGACUUGCUGGCCACGGGUGGCACUCUUAAUGCAGCAUGUGCGCUUCUGAAGAAACUGCAAGCGAUUGUGGUGGACUGUCUGGUGGUGGUUGAGAUGAAGGAUCUCAAUGGUGCAGACAAGAUCAAGCCCCACACUGUGUUCUCAUUGGUGCAAUACUAAAGUGGGCUCCAUGCUCCUUGAGAAAUUCCUUGUUAUGUAACGAACAAACAAAAAAAGUAUUUUAAAGUUUGUAAGUACGUACUUUUAGGACUGCAUGUGGAAUUAAUAUUAAUAUAGAAUGUGUAUAUUGGAUCUCAUUUGCCAUUUUUUUUAAUAACUUUGAGGCCAGCUUAUUUCUACCACUAAAAAACCCCACUUUUUGUUGCCUUUUUGUUCUUUGAAUAUCAUUUCAUGCUGUUUGAAUUAUUUUGUUAUGCACCAUUAAGAUAAACUUGACAUAGGUAAACUUUAUACACAAUGUACAUGACUGCAGAUAUCUUGACAUACAAAACAUCAGUAUAAUUUUUUUGG